CUCGGAUCUCUACGCCACGUCAAACUCAAGACGUUGAACAGAGGGAGUGAUUUUCUUUCACCAAGCGCCCGGUAUAAGAAGUGGAAGUCACAGGUCUUUUGCAUACGAUCUUUAAAAACGGAGGUCUCGUGUCACAGUAGGCGUUGGUAGGAUAAAGAACCCUCAGAGCUACGGUCUCGAGAACCAUGUAGAGAUCAAAAUGUGUGUCUCUUCACCUACACCUCGUGACAUCCGCCGCGGUGGUCUAGAGGUUAGAGCGUUCGCCGCGGUGGUCUAGAGGUUAGAGCGUUCGCCGCGGUGGUCUAGAGGUUAGAGCGUUCGCCGCGCAUGCAAAAGGCCGGGGUUCGAAUCCAGGCCGCGAGAAACCUAAGUCGUUAAAAGAGGUAGUGACAGUUCCAUCGCCAAACGCUCGACAUCAGGUGUGAAUCUCAUGGGUCCUCGGAGAUGACCUUAAAAACGGAUGUCCCGUGUCACAGUAUAGGAGUUGGACACAAAGUACCGUCUACUCUUGAUCAGAACCCCCUGGAAACCAACCAAUACGGAGCCACGAAAACGAACCACAAAUGGAGCUAUGGAGGACCCACAGGUCCUGACAAUUGGCCAAAAUAUUUUCCGCAGUGUGGUGGCAAACGACAGUCUCCUAUCAACAUAAUGACGACAGAUCUUCAUCAUGUCACGUGGCUCCCCACAUUCGAGUUUAUAAAUUACGACAAGCUGAGUGGAGAAGGAAUGCAGCCAGCUUUUCUACAUCUGAGAAACAAUGGACACACAGCUAGCAUGGGCAUUGACGACGAGAUAUACCUUCGUGGAUCUAACUUGGGCGAACUGUAUCGCGCUGUGGAAAUUCAUUUUCACUGGGGUCCGGACAACCAUGUCGGCUCAGAACACGUACUGGAUGACCUUCACCAUCCUCUGGAGGUCCACAUUGUUCAUUACAAUAUGAAGUAUAAAACGUUGUCAGAAGCAAAGCCACACCCAGAUGGACUAGCAGUGAUAGGAGUAUUCGCAGAUAUUUCUGAAGAAAAGAAUCAUGCCUUUGAGUUAGUAGCCACAGCUCUUGAUCAAGUCACAGAAUAUAAUCAAAAAACAAUAGUAUCCGGGUUAAGACCCAUUGAUAUGCUGCCUAACGACACCUCAAAAUACUACCACUACGCCGGAAGUUUGACCACGCCCCCGUGUUAUGAGUCUGUUUCGUGGUACGUUAUGCAUGAAGGAAUAACCGUCACUCAAGACCAGAUAAACAGACUCCGACAUUUAAGAGAGCAUGUGGAGGAAAAGCAUGAACCACAUGGACCACUUGAAUCACGACCUACACAAUCCGCAAAAGAAAAGCCGAAAGUCAAUAUCACCCAUAACGACACUGUAAAAACACUAGCAGAUACCGAACAUCAUCCUAACAACAUUGGCUACAUCAAGUACAAUUACAGACCAUGUCAGCCAUUGUUUGGUCGAAAAGUGUACUGUAGCCAUCCGUCCUUAAUCAAACAUAAAUCACAUCUACCCGAAUUUUCAGUGGGCGAUAUUGCUGUCAGUCAUCAUGUUUCCAAUCUUGGAGAUCACGACCUUUCUAAAGCAUCGCUUGAAAACACCGAGUUCCAUCACUCGAUAGGGUCUAGUCUAGCCAGCCAUAGCCAUGAUAGUCAUCUACCUGAAUCUGCCUUGACCAUCCACUCACAAGAUGGCAAAUUGUCAACGGAGAAGGUGGGAGUUAAUUUUGGAGGUCACCAUUCAAAAAGUGGUCUUAUGGACUACCAGAGAAUCAAAGACGCCUUGCGAGGACACACUGGCGAAUUUGCGGACAAAACAAUUCAGAGCGAUCUGAAUGGUAUUUUCUCAAAAACACAUAUUCCUGACUUUAAUCAAAAAUUAGAACCAGCAGAUAUUUACAAAAUAUUUGGCAAUAUAUUUUUAAGACAAGCCCAUAUUCUAAAAGCCCAAAAGACGGCAACCGACAGAAGUAAAAUAGACACGUCACUCUUUGCAAAACCAGAAAUAAAAGAGUAUUCAAAUCCAACACAUACAAUGAAGAAGAUUGAAACUGUCAAAGAACGAAAAGCGACAAUUCACAAGUCACAUCUAAAGGAAGAACAUUCAACACAAGGGAUUCGAAAACCAACGAAGCUGAUGGCAAAUAUGGUCCAGAAUUCACCGUCUAAAAAUUAUAAGCCACUGCGUAGACAGACGAGUUCCAGUCUUACGUUCAACCUUGCUGCCGACCAUCGCAACACGUAUAGUGCGCGGAAAAGCAAUAAAAUGGCAAAUACCGGAUUCCAUUUUUCCAUGCGUAAACCUGUGUACCAACAAAAAAUAAACAAUAAUAAAUUAUCCAACAAAUUUAGGAAAUCCCAAAUUCAUAAACAAAAUGACAGGACACACACUAGUAGACAAAAGAACAGGGAAGCGCCAAAACAAUUUAACUCAGCACUACACAAUGAUCCAGAAAGUAUAGCAAAGAAAAUUCAUAAGAAUUCUAACAGACCGAAGACAGAGUUGGAAAACAAGUACACUGAUUUCAUUUCUGAGAGCAGGUUAGGUAGUAACACAGCAAUCAACACAAAAGAAGCAGUUACACCUAGCGUAGAGGGGAGCGUUGGAUUUGGUGCUAACAAAAAACCCGAGGUGACUUUGACCACUCUGGGUCUGGAAGAAUCGGCUCUGUUUCAAGAACCAGGUAGUGCUGGUUUCUCAAAUCGAAAAAGCGACACCAUGACUGACACAGACCAGAGGACUACACAGCGUGUUCUCGGUAAACUGAAUGAGGUUACACAUUCACAAUCAACACCUGAGGUAAUGGAGGCUACUUACCCCACCUCCACGGCAAAACCAAGUAUAACCCAUGAACCUGUCCGGACCACGCUCGGAAAUGUGAAACUUCGUUUUCCUAUUCACAGAAAGAGAAACGCAACAACCAUACCUAUCAGGGAUAUUUUGAAUAGUUAUAACGAAAUACUUUCCAUAUCGCCAGAUCCCGUACAGCUGAAAGGCUCCAAGCCCUAUCUACCAUUAUGAAAGCCAUAAUUUUGAUUCCUGUCCUCAGGGAAUAGUUAACAAUAUGGUGUUUGUUUCCUGGAAGUUGAUGAGCGACAGCCAUGGAGAAAAGAAUCAGACAUCAACAGUAACACUUAAUGGAGUGUUCGCACGUCAACAAGUCCCAAAAGUCAGAUUAGCAUGCCAAAGACGACAAAGAUAUUGUCUGAGAUUUUUCUUGGCCUUCGUGACUAUAUUUUAUUGUAUAUGGGUAGAGUGGAAUGGAUUGCCAAAGUCAAUGAUUAACAUUGUAUUUAAGUUAUUAUGAUUUUUUCCUCCCAAACAAAUUAAACCAGUGCAUAUGAUAUGUGAAUGUUAACAACUCGCACUCCCAUUUACAAUUGCAAUUUUGCAUGAUCAAAUUGUAAAUUAGCGUUUUGGGGGUACGCUAUAUUAAAUGUAAUUCCAAAUUGAUCUAUCAAAGCUGGUUCUAAUUAAAAAAUAUAUUUGAUGACACAAUUAAACUGAGCAUAAAGAUGUUUGUUUUGGUUCACGAUAUUAAAACUAGUUAAAUCUUGAAA